GGGGCCUCGCCUUCUUUCCUCUGAGCUCUCUCGGGUGGUGCCCUGCUGCUCUCAGUUCCGCACUCCGUGACCGGGCAAGCGAUUGUUCUGGUUGGCACGGGUUAGGCGGUGCCUCGGCGGGAGCAAAGGUGCUCCUUUCCUACGGUCGAGCGCCCCGGGGCGCCUCUGGGGACCGCCUGCCCCUCCUCUCGUCGGGGACCUGACAGCCAGCAUUGGAGGCGCCAGCAUGGCCAGUCCUAGAGAGAGCAACGGCGGCGGCAGCAGUAGCCGCCCGAGGAGCUGACGAGAGUUUGCCCUCCAUCACCCGUUCGCCGUCGGCCGCUUAACCACGGGUCGCCAUCGCCUGCCUCCAUUCAGCCCAGAGCUCCAGCCGAGCGGGAGUCGUGUUUUUGCGAAGAGGCGGCGGCCGUGGCGGCGGCAAGGGAUUCGAGAAAACUUCCUGUCGCUGGGAAAGGACGACGAAGUUGCCCCCGGCAGCGGCUGCCCGAGACGACGGGCACGGGCUAGUCCCGCUCCUAGCCCGCUCUGAGUGAGGCGGCGGCGGGGGCGGCUGCCGCAGGGGAGCCUUGCAAACGGGCCGCCCCGCGGUUGUCCCGCGGCCGUCGUCCUCCUCUAGCCGGAACUUAUCAGCGGGGCUGUCAUGCCAGCCGUCAGCCUGCUGCCGCUCUUCGGUAGCCCCGCGAGCCCGGGCGCUUUGGGGGGCUCCUUAGGCGGGGGGGCCUUGGGGGGCCCCGGAGGGCGAAAGGUGCCCGGCCCCAGCGGUGCGUUCCGGCUGACGGAAAAGUUCGUGCUGCUGUUGGUCUUCAGCGCCUUCAUCACGCUUUGCUUCGGGGCCAUCUUCUUCCUGCCGGACUCCCCCAAACUGUUCAGCAACGUCUUCUUCCACUCGACCUCUCUCCAGCAGCCGCCGCCGGGGCCGCCCGCCCAGGGCGAUGCGCACCUCCCGCCGCCGGCGGGUGCGGGGAGUAGCAGCAGUUUCGGGGCUGGCGCGGCGGAGGAAGCGGCGGAGAACUUGGCCAAGAUCCGCGAGGAUCAUGAGCGCGCUUUGCGAGAGGCGAAAGAGACGCUGCAAAAGCUGCCCGACGAGAUCCGCAGGGAGAUCCACCAGGACAAGCUGAAGCUUCUCCUGCAGGACAAGUUGGGCAGGGGAGAGACGGGGGCUCCCGGGUUGCCCGACCUGCCUUUCCGCAAACCUAUCGGGGCCGUAGGAACUGAACCCAGCGAUCCCGCCGUCCAGCAGAAAAGAGAAAAGAUCAGAGAGAUGAUGAAACAUGCCUGGGAUAAUUACAAACAUUAUGCCUGGGGAUUAAAUGAACUGAAACCCAUCUCAAAACAAGGACACUCGAGCAAUUUAUUUGGUAAUAUUCAAGGAGCAACUAUCGUUGAUGCCUUAGAUACACUGUAUAUCAUGGAAAUGAAGGAAGAAUUCAAAGAAGCCAAAGAGUGGGUAGAAAAGAAUCUUAAUUUCAACGUGAACGCAGAAAUCUCAGUUUUUGAAGUAAACAUCCGUUUUGUUGGAGGAUUACUUUCAGCAUACUAUCUUUCUGGCGAAGAGAUAUUCCGAAAAAAAGCAGUAGAAUUAGGAGAGAAGUUGCUUCCAGCUUUUAAUACCCCCACAGGAAUCCCUUGGGCAUUAUUAAAUAUCAAAAGUGGCAUUGGUCGAAACUGGCCCUGGGCUUCAGGUGGAAGCAGUAUUUUGGCAGAAUUUGGAACACUUCAUUUGGAGUUCAUACAUUUAAGCUAUUUAUCUGGAAAUCCGCUGUUUGCUGAAAAGGUUAUGAACAUUCGAAAAGUGUUAAAUAGAUUAGAUAAACCAGAAGGACUUUAUCCUAAUUAUUUAAACCCCAACAGUGGUCAAUGGGGCCAGCAUCAUGUCUCUGUUGGAGGACUUGGGGAUAGUUUUUAUGAAUAUUUGCUGAAAGCAUGGUUGAUGUCUGAUAAGGCAGAUGAAGAAGCCAAGCAAAUGUAUUAUAACGCUGUUCAGUCCAUAGAAACCCAUCUAAUCAGGAAAUCCAGCAAUGGUUUAAUGUACAUUGCUGAGUGGAAAGGUGGCCUCCUUGAACACAAAAUGGGUCAUCUUACUUGUUUUGCUGGAGGGAUGUUUGUUCUGGGUGCAGAUGGAGCACCAGCUGAUCAAACUGAACAUCACAUUGAACUUGGAGCUGAAAUUGCCCGCACAUGUCAUGAAUCUUAUGAUCGUACAGGUAUGAAAUUGGGGCCAGAAGCUUUCCGAUUUGAUGGUGGAGUUGAGGCAAUUGCUACCAGACAGAAUGAAAAAUAUUAUAUCUUACGACCUGAAGUUAUAGAAACCUAUAUGUAUAUGUGGCGAUUCACUCAUGAUCCCAAAUACCGGCAGUGGGGUUGGGAAGCUGUAGAGGCAUUGGAAAAAUAUUGCAGAGUAGAUGGUGGCUAUUCUGGCCUGAGGGAUGUUUACAGCAAUCGUAAAAGCCAUGAUGACGUACAACAGAGUUUCUUCCUUUCAGAAACGCUCAAGUAUUUAUAUUUAUUAUUCUCUGAAGAUGAUAUUCUUCCAUUUGAACAUUGGGUCUUUAAUACAGAGGCUCACCCUUUCCCAAUUAUUAAAAGAGAAAAAGAGGAAAAAGAAAGCAAAUAAAGCUGUUUUGAAUUUUCUUUGGGUAUAUUAUAUGGCUGUUAAUGUUCUAGCUGGCAUUUUUUUAGUUUUAAAUCAGGUUCUGUUUCAUGUUUUGUUUGUUUUUUGCAGUCUGCUAUCAACCUGGCAAUUUUUCUCAAGGGACCUAAUAUUAUUAAUUUUAAUUAUUAAUAUUUAUGUUUUCCCAGCAUGUCACAUGUCAUCUCUAGAUUUUGUUGACCAUCAGUAUAAUAAGUAUUUGGUCAAACAGAAUACAGAAUUCAUUGUGUUACUUACUUUUUACUUUAUGUUUAGACUGCAAAAUUGUUUUCUCCUCUGUGAGGAGAUGUCUGCUUUAAGCUGUAAUACUUUGCUAUGUUGCAAAAAGCCAUAAAGAAUUAAGUAUGAAGAGCUUUUUUCUUUUUAAAUCUGCUCCAGUGGGAUUUGUCUGAACAGUGGAGACAAAUCUAACUGUGACAGCCUUAUGCGGGUCUAUCAUUAAUUGGUAAUCAGAAUACUUAGAAAGAUAUACUAUUCAUAUAAACCAGAUAUUGUUUUAUCUUAUCUGUAUAUACCAUUACAUUGAACUGUGGCUUGUCUUAGAAGCCUGGAUUAUGAAUUCUUUUUCACUUAUUUGCAUAUCAAGCCUAACCACAGAUAAUUUUGGAGCCCAUCUAUUUCUUUGUCUCUGAAUUUGUUUCAUAAACAACUGUGAAAUUGGGUUGGUUUUUGGACAUGGUUUCACAGACACCCUUUGAAACUGCACAGUUCUCAAAGCCUGUCUUGGUGAAAAUAGAGUUUCAGCAGUAUUUUCAACGAAAGGAAAAAUCUGUUUCCUGUAAAACUUUAGUUGUUAUGCAAGAUGAACUAAUCUAUUGUGUGAUAUCCUUUUUGUGCUUUGAAAUUUAUCCUAUUUAGUCCAAUUCUGCGAGUCUGUUAUUGCUAUUUCCAACAUUCCAUUAACUUCAUCUUCCACUUGACAGACAUUGGGCACAAUGAUGUGGAAAGAGGAGGAUAAUAUACCUCAGCGGUACCAUGUUUUAGAAGUUCACACUGUGGCUCUAAUUCUCUUUUGAAAGAAUUGACCACAGUACUUUAAUGCUUUACUGCAGGGGGCAGGGGAACCUAAACUGUUCCCUAGUUUAUCAAAGUGAUAAUGUUGACUGAUUUAGUUUAGUUUAGUUUAGUUUUGGAAUGAUCCUUUUUCCUGUUUACAUUUGGGAUGCUUCUGUAAAUAUUAUAGUUUUAAUAAGCAACAUUAAAAAAUGUGAGUAGGGAUUGAUUUUAUAUGAUACGUCAUGUUUAGCAGCCUUCAUGUAACAAAGCAAAAUUUUGUUGAAAAGAAAGCUGGGAAUUGGUGUACAACAGAAGGGAACCUGUUGUGGUAGCCUUUCUUCAUUAUGUAGCUUUUAAAACUGAAUUUUGGCUACCCUCUAGCCCUAAAAGUUUCAUUGCAGUCCUAAAAAUUGUAUUUACUAUACCGUGACACAGCCUCCUAUCUGGACACUCAAAUUAGUGCAAGCACGUUUAUGCUGUCAAAUUUAGCUAUCUAAGUUUUGAACCAAGGUAAGAUGAAACAUUGCAUAAACUUACUCCCUGAUCCACAGACAACCUGAUGAUACAUAACAUUGUGAGUGUCUGCACUGAGGUGAGGCUUUUCAGAACUUGCUACGUUCUCAGUACAAAUCAUUUCCUCUGCAGUAUGGCUUAGUCAUGCUAGAGUGCUGCUGCAACAUCACAUCUCUAUUUAUGAAGCCUAUGGAUGAUCAUAUUGUGCUAGGUUCUAGGCUUGGCUAUAAUGAUGAUCUGGUAGUCUGAAUAGGGAGAACCAGAAGCAAUAAUUCCCUUUCAUGCUCCUGCCCUCCCAAUUUUACCUGAAUCUUUUUCUGUGUCUCUCUGUCCUAGUUUGCAUAUUAAAUUUCACACACCGUCCAAAUCUUAAAAACUAUUCUGAAAAUCAAACAUGGCAACUAAAAAAAAUCAGCAAGUAAAAUAAUUGGAGGAACAAGGACAUUCAUGUAUAUUUGGAACAGGACUGUUACAGCUAGCAAACCAUUAUUAAGACAUUUUUGUAAAAAAUGAUGUCAUUUCUCGAUUAUAUAGAAUACUACUAACACGCUUAUAAUUUUGAGUAUCAAACUGCUUCUCAUUUGUUAGGCUCUUGUAUUUUCUGUUUGGUUCUUCACAUUAAGUUUUUUAAAUGCUGAUUUACAGAAAAGCAAAUACAAUUUCUGUUAUGGAACAUUGGGAGAAAUUAAUUUCUGCUUUAUUUUUAGAUUCAAUGCCAAUAUGUAUGACUUGGGGGAAAAAUACAAAUUACAUCACAACCCAUUUUUACAUAGGGACAGUUGAUUUUCUUGCCAUAAUAAUGGAAUAAGUAGUAAGGUUUCUUCUGGGUUACAGCAAGUAUUAUAUUACAGAUGUAACAUAAAAUUAAUUACCAAAUAACAUUAACCUGUUUUAUCAGCAAAGAAAGAUAGCUUCUGUAGCUGCUCAGCAUGUUAACUAGUAAGACAUAUAUGCAGUAUAUAAAUACACAGAGUGAGAAUCAAACUAUAUACUGCUGUACAGGAUUUAUUAUUAAUAUUAUUCAUCCUGUUACAAAUCUACUGGUAUUGAUUGACCAAAAUACUUUUAAAGUCAAUGCACUUUCUGAAAGUAAGUGUAGAAGGGCAGCAAUCAUUUGUGUAGCUAAUAAUGUGCAAUAUUAUCGGUUCAGAGGCAUCACAUUUUUUAAAAUAAAAAUUAUGUAGCAGUUUUAAUGUAAGAAAGUACAGUUGAUUUCUAGUUCUUAACCUUUAUUUUUCCAAUUAAAGUGCCAUUUUUACUUUCUUUGGGAGCCACCAUUGAUGGCAAAAGUCUGUUACAACCUCAAACCUUGAAAUCCUUUUCAUAAAACACACUGUAAGUUAUUAUUCCUCCUUAUGACGCUGUGCACUGCCAUGACUUGCCUUGCAUCAUCCAACAGAUGAUAGUUAAGUUCUUUUAGUCCUGUUCAAGAGCUUUUGAAAAACACAUUUUGUUAAAACUUUUUAAUUUCCUAAGAAUAAACUCAUAAAACCAGAAAUGGUUACCUGAUAUGACUAUCUCUGAUGCAGUACUUCAUGCUUGUUUUGUCAGUUGUUUUCCAAGACUCUACUUUUGGUAGGACCAUCAAUAGUCCUUUAUUGUUUAUCUUCCACCUACAGUAUAUCAUGAACAUAUCAUGUAUCAUAUCAUAUCCUCACUGUUAUAUUUACGUGAAGAUAUUUGGAAUAGCAAAUAAUUUGUUCCCCCUUUUUAAGGCUGUAAUCCAAGGGUUUGCUUUUUUGUUGUUCUUGUGGGAUUUUUUUUUUUUUUUUUUUUGGUUAAUAUAAGUGUUCCAAGACUAUAUAUUAUUGGACUCAAAUAUCUUUCACAGAAAUGCUGUGUUAGGUAUCCAACAAUCCACUUCCAAUACUAUACCAGCUUGCUCCCCAAAAUGUGCCAGUUUAAAAAAAAUAAAUACAAGGGAAUUAUUUCAUUUAUUCUCUCUAAUCAUUAUAUUUAAUUUGUGAAGCUGAUAUUGGCUCAUAUGUGGCAUUUCCCCUCCUCUCUUUUCGCUGCCACUCCAGCAAAUACUGCAUCUGGGUGCCAUUUGGGGUAAAUUGAACUCUGACUUGCUCACAUGUAACCUUAAGGUAUAAUAGUCUGAUUUCAAGUUCCCAUAUUGUGUGAACUUAGCCAUUGUGAUUUAUUUAAUAAAUCAUAGGCCAGUGACCCAUGGCUUAAUGUCUGUGAAGUUAAUAUUUUCUUGUAGUCAUCUCUGUCUGCUUCUAUAAAUCAAAUGAAAAAUGAUUUUAAAAAUUAUGCCCAACCCCCUUUCCAUUCUUUAGAGGCAAUUGCGCAUAAUCUCCUCAAACGUUUUUGAGGAGUCCUCAAAACGUUUUCGAGGAGUCCUCAAGUGUUUUUAUCAAUUUCAUAUUUCUUUUUAAAGAGAGUUGUAAUUUUCUCAUGGGGGUUAUUAUUUAAAAGAGCACAAAGUUUCUAUAGUUCUAUAACUUAGAGGUAAUCAGGUUAUAUGUACAAGCUGCACUAAUGUAUCUUUUUUGUAAAGUGAUGUAAGUAGACAAGAAGAUUGUAUGUCCCUUAGAAUUGCUAACUAUAAAAGAAACAUUGUUUUAUAUCUUCAAAACGGCAAAGUCGAGUUUUACAGAAAACUGCCAAAGUAUAACGUUUCAGAUUGAUUGCCAUUUUAAAAGUUAUUGCUAAAACCCUGAAAUUAUUUACAAUGGUGUGAAUAGCUUCAGAUUAUUUUUUUUAGAAUUUACUAGCAACGUCACACAAGCAACUUUGGGAUUCUCUUUUAUCCUUCCAGAAAUGACUGAAUUAAUGCUGAUCACUGUGUAUAUAGUUUAACAAUAAAGUAACUCUAUUUUUUUUAAGUGUCUUUUCCAGAUUAGACAGCGUCUAAAUUUCCAUUGCUUUUUAGCAAAAAAGCUAAAUCAGCCACAUUGAUAUGCACAGUGUGGCUGUUCAAAUACUUAAUAUACAAAACCCUGGAAUUUCUUAAUUUAAGUGCUAUGUGUGUUGUAUGACAGCUUUGUAAUCCCAAAUGACACUUCGUUGGUAAAGUGAACUGAUCAUGCAGUCAUUUUGUUAUAAUGUUUUUGUUUGUGCAUAUUCCACUUAGUCUUUUUCCACCUUUAUAGAAAUAACUGGUUACAAGAGAUCAAAAUGCUUAAUUUUUAAGAACUAUAUUUGUAAAAAAAAAAUCAAUUGUGAAUAAAGUCUUUUAAUAAAUGCUUUCAUUUGGCAAUGUG